AUGAUCACUACACGGGCUAAUCAUGGCGGCAAUAUUCACAAAGCCUAUAUCGCCUUGGGGAGUAAUCAAGGCGACCGUGUCGCCACGAUCGAGCGCGCAUGUCUAGAGAUGGAGAGAGCUGGAAUCAGGAUAAAACGAACAAGCUCGCUCUUCCAAACGGCGCCAAUGUAUGUGCUUAAUCAGGAUGUAUUUCUGAAUGGAGCUUGCGAGGUUGAAACCACCCUCGGUCCAAUAGAGCUAUUGGAUACUCUCCAAGCAAUCGAAAACGGCCUUGGCAGACACAAAACCGUGGACAAGGGCCCGCGGAAUAUCGAUCUUGAUAUUCUACUAUAUAACAACGAGACAAUAUCUCACCCGCGGCUGAACAUCCCGCAUAAAUUAAUGAUGGAACGCGAGUUUGUGCUGAGGCCGCUUUGCCAAUUGAUUCCCCACGAGAGAGUCCCGUCACCAGGACUCAAUCUCACAUAUCUAUCUGCCCUCAACUCCCUACCCCCAUCAGACACAGUCCCCAUCGUCACAACGCCCCUCUCACCUCACACCCCACCACUAACCCCGUCCAACCCUCAACGCAAAACCGCCGUAAUGGCCAUUCUGAACGUCACGCCCGACUCCUUCUCCGACGGUGGCCAGCAUGUACACACCCCCGAGUCCCUAACCAGCACAAUCCAAAGCUUCAUCACCGCGGGCGCCACAAUCAUCGACAUCGGCGGCGAAAGCACGCGGCCCCGCGCCACGCCUGUCUCUGAAGAAGAAGAACUCGCGCGCGUACUCCCUGCCAUCAAACUCAUCCGCAGUCUACCGGCCGCAAACAACAUCGCCAUCAGCAUCGACACCUACCACUCGCGCGUGGCGGCCGCCGCCUGCGCCGCCGGCGCCGACAUCAUCAACGACGUCUCGGCCGGCACGCUCGACCGCGCCAUGCUCUCGACCAUGGCGGCAUCCGGCAAGAGCGUGAUCCUGAUGCACAUGCGCGGCGAGCCGUCGACAAUGACCAGCAUGACCAGCUACACGAACGGGCUCAUUCCCGAUGUUGGCAGCGAGUUACUCUCGCGGAUCCGCGCGGCCGAGGAAGCGGGCGUUCGGCGCUGGCGGAUUGUGCUGGACCCUGGCAUCGGGUUUGCGAAAACCGCAGAGCAGAAUCUGCAGCUGCUGCGUGGGCUGGAUAGACUAAAGAGUAUGGAGGGGUUGGAUGGGUUUCCGUGGCUGGUGGGGACGAGUCGGAAAGAGUAUAUAGGGCGGAUUACGGGGGUUAAGACGCCUAGGGAGAGGAUAUGGGGUACUGCGGCGGCGGUCACGGCGAGCAUUGCGAGUGGUGCUGAUGUGGUUAGAGUGCAUGAUGUAGAGGAGAUGGACCAGGUGGUUAAGAUGGCGGAUGCCAUAUACCGGUUCUAA